CGGUGCUCUUUUCAUUUUCGAUUCUCCUGAAGGAGGAGUGACUCGGUGGUUAUUAUAAUCAUUUUAAAUAGCUUUGAAUCUGCGUUAAGGACGAUGGCUGGGUUAGAAGUGCUGUACACUUGCGUCGGCGGCAGAAUCGACUGCCCACAAGACGCUGUGAUCUGUUUCGUUCACUGGGAGAUUAUAAAGAGUGGAUACAGAUGUGUGGGCUCCGGGGACACAGCCUGUGCUGGGGACAGGCGCUCAGAGUUACUCCCCGCAGGGUGGAGCGACAACAAGGAGCUGUACUCUCUGCGUUACCAAGGCAACAACAGCGAAGACCACAUCCUGCUUAAAGCCAUCACGGCCGACUCAAGCCUCAUCUUCAACCUCAUGAGGUCUAGUACCCAGCAGGUGUCAGAUCUGACCAUAAGCAUCAGUGAGCAAGUGGACGCAGACCAGCUGGAUGCGUUCGACAGUGUGUUCAGGGACAUGGCUGGCCUGUCAGACAUGGUGAAGACCCAGCUGCUGGCAGUAGUGGGCAAGGCCAGUGAACAGCCAGGAGGGCGGAGCCGCAGGGAGGAUGAGGAGAGACGAAGAGGAGAGGACCCCCUCCGCAUGCACCCCCGUCGCCCCGGGUCACAGCAGCCCUGGCCAGACCACAUGGUUCCUCCUUUCGCGACCGGGGGAGCUGACCUAGACCCGUUUGGCGCUCGUGGGCCUGGGGGUAUGAUCAUGGACCCCCUGCGGUCGGGUUACCCCCGGUCCGGUCUGGACCCCUCCAGCGGGAUCCCCGACAUCCUGCCCCCCGGAGCUGUCCCGCCUGGGGCCCGCUUCGACCCCUUUGGCCCAGUCGGACGCCACCGGCCAGGGCCAGAUCCUGACCAUAUGCCACCUCCAGGAUAUGAUGACAUGUUCAUGUAGAACCAAACCAGGAAGUCCUGCUUCCCACCCCCAUCACUUCCGGUCUCCCCACCAAUAGCAGGCUGGUCACUGGUCAUGGCCCCCCUUGAGGGGACUGGCCAAUAAACACAGGUCUUAGAAUUCGGUGUGAAUGCCUAGGUGCCAUUUAUAUUUAUAUGGAUUUGAGAAUGUUAUGGGCCAAAACAACCACACAAUAAUGUUUUAUUUUGCACAUUGCUUUCCAUGUCUACCACCUUUCUUGGACGAAUAAUUUGAACCCAGUGAGACCGGAUCAUGGUUUAGGGGUCAGGGUUAGGGGUUCAGGGAUGGGGUCUUAUGCCUCGACCCUAAAACAUGUGCACUGGAAUGAGUGUGACGAAGUCAUGAGUUCAAAACCCAAAGGAGCAGAGGUCUAAUCACCCUUGAUAAUGAUAAGAAUAGUGACUAAUAUGUCUUUAAGGCAAAGACCUGUAGCUCCGGAUCCUCUCCCCACAUUAGAAACAAGCUGAGCGUUAGUCGUUCCCUCUCCACCCUUCUUAAAGGGCCCUGUGCGAGCGUGAUUGGCCAUUACAAGCCAUUCCAAAAUCUGUCCUCUAGUGACAUCAUAAGAGGGAGUGUCCACCCAUAUGUAUGAUGGAUAAAUCAGUUUACCGGUCGACAAGUGGACUGUACCAACUGGUAGGCUUAUCUCAAAUAUCCAUAUUAUAUAACAUCUAGGGGCACACUCCCAAUACCGAUGUCAAUAGAGGGCAGAUUGGUAAUCAAACUCACACCUGUUGGUAAAAUAAGGGCCUUUUAAAGACCUCCUUUCUAUUCUCCCCCUACUCUCCUCUUCUCAUCCUCUACUCUCCUUCCCCUCCUCUCCUCAGCUGAGAAGGAGUGAUCCUCACUGGUUCUCUUCUAUCGCUAACAGAUGAAAUGUUCAACUGGCUUAGCUCAUGUAGAAUAACAGGCUGUUAUCUGGUUGGUUAAACUGAACGGGUACCUGUAUUAAUACACAGGGUUCUGAUUGCUAGAAUUAACUGGGUACCUGAGUUUUUCAUUAUUGUUUUCUGUUUUUGUUGAUUUGCUAAUGGGAAAAUAUUUCAUGCCAAACACUUGAAUAAAACUUUUUUGUUUG